AACGUGCCUCCGAUUCAUCCGCAAUGUUUGCAUGUUUCGCAUCCAAAUGCUGAUGUGGCAGUUGGAUAUAUAAAGACGCGGAUUUUCGAUAGAUUGGACCAUCAUUUUAUCGUCUACUUCCAAACCGAAUCCACUACGACAAAAAUACAAAAAUGAAGGUUUUAAUGGUCUCCGGUUUGAUGGCUGUCACCCUGAUCGUUCAAAUUCAAGCAACUGGAUAUGAAGCCAAGCCUUAUCCAUCAUAUCCUUCUCCGGGUGAUUCUGCGCAUUCAUCAGAUAAAUCAUCUGAGGAACAAACGGGAGAGCCUUAUUCGUUUGGUUAUCACAUCAGAGAUGAGCCGUCUUACAAUCUGUUUGGUCAGCAGGAAGAGAAAACUGAUGGCAAGAAAGUAUCGGGUUCCUAUUACGUCAAUUUGCCAGACGGCCGUCACCAGAUGGUCAAUUACAAGGACGACGGUUAUGGUUAUGUCGCUGACGUUAAAUACGAAGACAUCAAGUACCCCAGUGCUCCGUCCUACGCCAAGUAUAAGCGUGAAGUCCAACAUAAUAACGACGCUCCUUCCUACCCCAGUAGAACCCUUUACUACCCUACUACACCUUCCUAUCGUUCUGCUCCAACCUACCCCACGUACAAAGGCGGAGCGACGUACAAUCAGGACGCUCCUUCCUACCCGAAAAAUGACUAAAAUGCAUCAGUGACCGAAUUCAACAAAAGAAAAACGUUGGCUUUAGACUAACAAUCUGGUUCUUAUUCCGGAUGUAUAAAUAAAACGUGUAGUUAUAGAAAGCAACAACAACAACAAAAAAUACAAAUGUUUAAAAGGUU